CCAACAGCGCUCUCUCUACACUCCUCUCCUCGUACCAUGAACUGAAGCUGUCCGGGACAGACCUGCUGGGAAGAUGGCGGCCACUGACCAGUCCCGGUCCGAAGCUGCCAAGCAGAGACGGCAGGACCAGCUGCAGCGGUGGCUCGGCUCGGACACCGACCGGACGGGCUCGGGAGCGGCGGAGCCGGCGGGCGGCGCCGGGACGCGGCGGGCCAAGGUCCGCUUCGCCCAGGGAGCCGUGUUCAUGGCCGCCUGCUCGGCCGGGGACCGGGAGGAGGUGGCGGCGCUGCUGCGGCAGGGAGCCGACAUCAACCACGCCAACAUCGACGGGCUCACGGCGCUGCACCAGGCCUGCAUUGAUGAAAACGCUGAGAUGGUGCAGUUUCUGGUGGAGAGCGGGAGCAACGUCAACAGAGGGGACAACGAGGGCUGGACUCCUCUGCACGCCGCCGCCUCCUGUGGCUUCAUCCAGAUCACUAAAUACCUGAUAGAGCACGGCGCUCACGUUGGGGCGGUGAACAGCGAAGGAGAGCUUCCUUUGGAUGUCGCCACCGAGGAUGCCAUGGAAAGGCUGCUCAAAGCUGAAAUCAAAAAACAAGGGAUCGACGUGGACAAGGCCCGGAAGGAGGAGGAGAGGGUCAUGCUCCAGGACGCCAUGGCAGUGCUGGAAGGAGGCGGCACCCUUACGCCUCACCUGAACACCAAGGCGACGGCUCUGCAUGUCGCCGCCGCCAAAGGCUACAUUGAAGUCCUCAAGGUACUGCUGCAGUGUGGCGUGGACGUGGACUGCAUGGACAUAGACGGGUGGACGCCCCUGCACGGGGCAGCUCACUGGGGGCAGGAGGAGGUGUGCAGCCUGCUCGCUGACAGCAUGUGUGACAUGGCUGCAGUCAACAAUGUGGGACAAACGCCCCUGGACGUUGCAGAUGAGAGCCUCGUGGACACGUUGGAGGAGCUGCAGAAGAAACAAAACGCACUGCGGAGCGAGAAAGAGAAACAGACUCCUGUUAUUGAGACCAGUCCGCAGAUCUCCAUGGUACCAGUCCGCACACGCAGGACCUCUAUCUCUCGUAUGAGCAGUAAAGAGAAAAUUGGCCUCCAUGAGCGGGAGAAGCACCCACCUCCCUCCCUGCGGAGUACUCCGGCCGAGGAAGAAGAGGAGGAAGGCCAGACGGGACAGAACCAAGCGAAAGCCUCCAGCAGCUCCAGCUCAGAGGAAGAGAGCGAGUCUGAGAGCGAUGCAGAGUCAGAGAAAGCCAAAAACAGAGAAAUCAUAAACAACUUGAACAACAAACGAAACACCAGCAGCCUGCUUUCUACCUCCAUGUCACAGAGUGCCGCUGCAAGCCAAGGGAAGAAGCAGGAACCAGUCAAGCCUUUAGCCACGGAGGCUCCGGGCUCAUGGAGAACGUCUCUGAGGAAGGCAGGCAGCUCUGUGACUCUGGGCUCAACUGGGAUCUCUGACUCCAGCCAGGAUCCCAGCAGACCAGCGGAGUCGGUCCUGGGGAUGACCCGCUCCGCCUCCAGCCCUCGCCUCAGCUCCGAGGCCGACACCAAGGAGCCGCGGCUGGCGAGAGUGCCUCCCAUCCCGACGCGGAGACUCUUCAGUAUUCCAGAUAACAGCCCCGAUAACUCCAACAGCUGGCUGAGCCGUAGCUCCUCCUACACCCGCCGCCUUCACAGCCACACAGGAAAUGAGCUCACUAGUUCCACCCCUUCCUUGCUUCACAGCAGCUCAUCUUAUGGAAAGAGACUGGAUGACGCCACUGUGACCUCAGCGGGUACGGGAACGGGCUCCGCUGGCCUGAACCGCAUCAACAGCGUCCUGGCUCAGAGAUUUCCUCAGGAUCAGACGGAAAAGAGGGAUCAGACAUUGAACAACAACUCGAACUCUCAGAGCGCAACAACAACAGGCGAACAAGAGACCAAGCAGAGGCGCAAGUCCUACCUGACACCUGUGCGGGACGAGGAGGCCGAGGCGCAGAGAAAAGCUCGCUCCCGCCAUGCACGCCAAUCCCGCCGCUCCACUCAGGGGGUGACGCUAACCGACCUACAAGAAGCAGAGAAGACCAUUAAAACCAUGAAGACGGACAACAAAGGGAGAGAUCAGGAAGAGGAGGACAAGGCCAAAGAGAAGGAGGCAAAGCAGAAGAAGGGGGAGGAAGGGGAAGUGAGCUGGAGGUCUCGUAUUGCCAGUCUGCAGAAGUCGGACCUGCUGGGCCUCACGCAGCCGGCCGGUAGUCCUCGCCCCCAGACCACCGAGAGGAGAGAUGUUGAGGCCAGCGCAGGAGAGAGCGAGACAGAGCGAUGGGCCAGAGAGCGCAGGGAGAGGAGACAGGCACGAGCCAGGAGGAAGGCACAGAGGACCGGGGAGAGUGAAGACAACGAUCCCAGUGGGGAGGAAGAGUUCUCAGGGGGUGGGCCGGAUCCAAAGAGAGACCAGCACACGAGCUACAGGUUAGACCCGUCCUGUAACGACCGCCCCCGGGGAGGAGGAUCUGAGGCCGAUGAUUUUAAGAAGUUGUUUGAGGACGUGUCCAGAGAAAACAGCCAGCUCCAGUCUCAGCUGCAGGACACUCAGAGGGUCGUCAGUCAGACCCGCUUGGACCUGGAGAAGGCCACACAGAGACAGGAGCGCUUCAGUGACUGUUCAGCUCUACUGGAGCUGGAGAGAAAGGACCGGAGGAUGCUGGAGCGGCGUUUGGCGGAGCUGGAGGAGGAGCUGAAGGUUCUGGUGGACCUGAGAGCAGACAACCAGCGUCUGAAGGACGAAAAUGGAGCACUGAUCCGUGUCAUCAGCAAACUCUCCAAAUAGAACGAGAGAAGAUCUCCAGGGAAUAUCCCUCCCUCCCUCUCUCAUCCAUCCAUCCAUCCAUCCAUCUGUCCAUCCAUCCAUCCAUCCGUCCCUUCUUCCACACAUCCUCAGUGCCAAAGAGUGAGAGACAUGGGGGGAAGGUAAUGUGGAGACUGUCCUACGCACGUGAGCACUGCAGCGUGAUUUUGGAGUGUGAUGCCUCUUUGAGCGGCUGGAGUGUCUUUUGCGUGCCUUAACAUUCGGUUGUCACAGGAGGACUUGCGGCCUCCAGGUUCUGGUUGACCCGAGGCCCCAGAGUAGCAGGAAAACCCAACGAUGCACCGCGUCUACACGCGGGGCGAUGCCAACACCGGCGCUGCACCGCCCCAUGCGUGCCUCCAUACUUCCUUGUUGCACAUUCCACUGAGCACUCGAGAUCGAUUGGGUCUUCCCGCUCCCACCGGGCUUUAUUUUUUUUAAAUUUUGUGAACACUUUAAGUCACACAGUCACCAAGUUUCCCCACAGCAAAGUUGUAAACGUGUUGGUGUAUUCUUCCUCUGGAGCACAUUUCAGGCCCUGCCCCCACAGUCAGCAGCGUCCUACAGCGGGGGAAGUCCCUGAAGCUCCGUUGGGUAGUUUUUGUUUCCACAUGCAAGUGUUUGAACCCACCUACCUCUCCACCUAUGCACUUCCCCACAUUUUUGUUGUUUUGAGACAAGAAGUACUCCAUGCUCUUACAAAAAAGUAAAAGAAAAAAAAAAGAACCAGGUCGCUCGACCACAGCACUUUACUCUGUCCAAAGCAAUAAAAGAUCAGCGAUGCUUUACCCGUCCUGCAGACGCCUCGGGUCCAGAGCAGCAUCUUCCCACCCAGGCUCCUCACAGAGAGCACAUGGAGAAGUUUAGCUGAAGGCAACGAGAAAGUGUUGUUCUGUCCACACCUAUUAUGCUAUGAAAGGUUUUAAUUGUUACUAUUGAUAUUUUUCAUUGUCAAAUCCUCUUAAAAAGAAGCAUGGUUGUGUAUAUAAAUGUUUGUCUUGAAUACCCUUUUGAAGUCGAAUUCCAUGUAGCCUUGCUUCACCUGUUGGUUUUCUAAUAUAUUGAAUGGAUGUCUGCACCAUAAUAAAAGUGUUUGUAGCA